AUGGAUGCUUUCGGAACGCGAUUUGGCCCCCCGCCGAACAUAUUGGUCAAGGAGCUGCAGAGAAAGACAUGUGGUUUUUCAUGUGCUUGGAAAGAGCGAGGUGAAGCAAGAAAAAAAAAUGAAAAUUUUCAAGUUCUCGAAGAGUUUUGCAAUAUAGUGAUGAUGAAACAGAAAAAAACAGAAAAAUAGGGAUUUAUAGUCUAACCACCUGUUGCAAGGACAAUUUUCAUUAGAAAGCUUUUUAAAACAGUGACAUAUAAUCUGAAAAAAAUUAUUGAAAAAAAGAAACUCUAGAAAGUUUUUUAAAAGUUCAAUCAAUAAUAUCUAACCAUAAGUCAAAUUAAAGAAGCUCUUUCUCAGUUCCAAAAAGGUCCAAAAAAAAUUUCAAGUUUUCGAUUGAGGAGUCUGAUUGAAAAUAUUGAGAAAAAUUUAUAGGAAACUCAGAAUUUCCCAUAAAACUUGAGCAACAGCGAUAAACUGGCGAUCGAAUGAAUAUUGGAAGACGGGGCUUGAAGGUCCAAUUUGUGUAUUACAACAGCAAAGUGAGAUGACUCAACCUAGGCCCGACAAGCUUCCGGUGCGUAAUGAUGUUGGGUUCGAGCAGUUGCGCCUGGACCUCAAUAAAUGACUUUCAGAUCGAGAUUCGAACGGCAACAUUGUGAAAAUGAAAGGAACGGCUGCAAGAUACACACUAACGCAAAAACGAAUGAAGCGGUCUUGUAAGAGAGACGUCAGCGGCAAGUUAAUCUGA